AUGUCUUCACAGCCUGGAUGCAAAGCGCAAAAGCUUCAUCGUGAUGAUAAAAAUCACCAUGCCAAACAUGUCAAGGCAGAUGAGUAUUCCAAAGGUCGAGACAUGCUCUUGGGUCUUUUUGUUCCCGGGUGCGACACAACUGAGGCGAAUGGUGCAACCCGCAUCGUUCCUGGCUCCCACCUUUGGGGCGAUGAGAAGCCAGAUUUUGGUCCAGACGGGACGAAGGGAGUUGAGAAUGCCGAACUCAGAGUUGGAGAGGCAUUCAUCAUGCUGGGCAGUCUUUACCAUGGGGCUGGGGAAUAUUCUUUGUCAAAUGGAUGUCGCACCGUACACAUCAUGUUCAUGUGCAGUGGCGUUCAUCGCCAAGAGGAAAUUCCAUUUCUUAGUUAUCCGAUCGAAGAGGUCAAGACAUACUCGAAACUCGUGCAGGAUCGUCUGGGCUGGAAACAGUCAGAACCCAAUCUUGGUUGGGUUGAUUUGAAAUCCCCGGAAUUUCUGCUUGAACAGUGA